GUUGGUAUACUGCUUUGAAUCAAACCACAUAGACUAGCUGUGGCCGAUUGACCGUGGCGCAGACUCCUACCCUACCUACUAUUGACUCUAAGACUGCAGUUAUUCCCUGACGCAAGGGAUAGCCACACCCACCACGCCAACGUCCUCUCCCUCGGCUGGAAUUCCUUUCUACACGGUACAUCCUUCGAAUAACUAGCAAUGUUCUUACGCCAAUGAUCGAGCCCUAAUGCGCAUCACACUGCCCGUCUGCCGUGUGGGGAUCCUGCCUCGAGGAUCAGCCCGGCAGCAAAGUGAUUGGAAGAGGCCUCUACAAUCGGUGCUUUCGUCACGAAGAGGACUGCUCACGCAGAGCUACGCUCGCGGGCCAUCCGAGCCCCCCUUGAUAGAGAGCACGAUUGGCGAUCACUUCAACGGUAUUGUCAAGCAAUACGGCGAUCGAACAGCGGUCGUCUGCAGACAUCAGAACUACCGAGCGACGUACGCCGGUCUCGACGCCGAAAGCAAUGCAUUGGCACGCGGCUUGGAGUCAGUAGGUGUGCGGGCGGGCGAUCGCGUGUGCCUGAUGCUUGGGAAUUCUAUGGAGUUUUCCAUCACGACGUAUGCACUGUUUAAACUGGGUGCGAUCCUGGUACCAAUUAAUCCGUCGUUCAACGCUACUCAAGUCGUCGCUGCGCUGAAUCACCUCGAGGCGAGCCAUCUCAUCAUCAGUAAGGAGUCGAAUCUCCCCCGGAAGGAGCCCCGAAGCAACGUCCCCCUCCUACAGCAUCUGAUACAAGACCCGCACGCCUCGAAGCUACAGUCCGAGCUAGUCCCCUCGCUUAAAUGCGUCACUAUCGUCGACAACUCGUCCGGUCGAGUGAAUACUUCUGAAUUCAACUGCCUAACUUCCUACUCCUCGUUGAUGUCCGACGCCGUAGCGGACCAAGCCGCGCUGAAGCCCCAGAGCCUCUCCCCCAGCGACAUUGUAAACAUCCAAUUCACUUCCGGCACAACAGCAAUGCCCAAAGCAGCCUGUCUCAGCCACCGAUCCAUUCUCAACAAUGGCUCUCAGAUUGGCGACCGCAUGGUCCUCACCCCGGAGGACAUAGUCUGCUGCCCCCCGCCGCUCUUCCACUGCUUUGGCUCCGUCCUGGGCUACAUGGCGACGGCGACGCACGGCUCAGCCAUAGUCUUCCCCGCAGAAUCGUUCAGCGCUCACGCCGCGCUCCAGGCCGUCCAGGACGAGAAGUGCACUGCGCUAUAUGGCGUGCCGACUAUGUUCCUGGAAGAGCUGAACCUCAUCCAAAGCGGCAAGGUGUCCAGCGAGGGAUUUCAGCAGCUGAGAACGGGCAUCGCUGCUGGGAGCAGUAUUCCGUCGGAGCUCAUGAAGAGAUUGCAUCAGGUGCUCAACCUCACCGAGCUGACUAUCUGUUAUGGCAUGACGGAGACGAGCCCCGUGUCGGCUAUGACUACCACGGAUGAUCCGAUUGAUAAGCGAAUUAGUACUGUCGGCAGGCUCAUGCCACAUGUUGAAGCUAAGGUCGUGAGCCCCACUGAUCGCAGCCAAGUGCUUCCUGUUAAUACUCCUGGGGAACUGGCUGUCAGUGGGUAUCUCUUGAUGAAAGGGUAUUGGGGAGAUGUCGACCGCACGGCCGAAGUGAUGGUGGCAGAUGAUACAGGAAAGGUUUGGAUGCAUACCGGCGACGAAGGCACCCUCUCCCCAGACGGCUACAUAACCAUCACCGGCCGCAUCAAAGACCUCAUCAUCCGCGGCGGCGAAAACAUCCACCCCCUCGAGAUCGAAAACUGCCUGCUCGAGCACCCAGGCGUCUUCGACGUAUCAGUAGUAGGGGUCCCAGACGAGCGCUACGGCGAAGCAGUCGCCGCGUUCGUUAUUCCCCGAGAGAACGCAGCUGUCGCGAAGGACGAAGAGAAGAAGAAGCUCCAGGACUGGGUGAGGGAGAAACUCAGUAGUCAUCUUAUUCCCAAGUAUAUCUUCUUCUUACCUCCCACCGAUACAUUCCCCAAAACGGCGAGUGGCAAGAUUCAGAAGUUCAAGCUGAAGGAGAUCGCUAUUAAGAGAUUGAAUGAGCUGUCUGGGGGUUCUUGACUAAAUGUGCAUCCCUUGUGACAUACAUGGGUAAAGCAUCUACGGACGGGAGACCAGCUUGGACAUAGUAUGUAUAUUCGUUGGCUGCUGUCCGGAAAUAUGCACAGUGAAGCGAGACGAAUCAUGUGGUGCUAGUAGAACAGAGAUCGCAUGCUGCAUGCACUUAGGUGACCUGUUGGCUUUGGCUACAUCGACAGUAGACAGUGCUGUAUUUAUGUAAAGUUCCCACUACUUCGAAGCUCUAAACCAUUUA